AUGUCUCUAUUACGUCAAAGUGUUAAGCCUACAUUGAGGUUAAUCUAUAGAAGUUCUUUCAGGCCAUUAGUGCGUUUUAAUUCUACCGAGACAACUGCGUCAAAAGCUCCGGUUGAUCCAAAAAUAAGUGCUAUCGUCGACCAAAUCUCGACAUUAACAUUGUUGGAAACAUCAGCAUUAGUAACUGAGUUGAAGGAAAGAUUAAAUAUUCCAGAUAUCUCCUUACCAUCAGGGCCUGCACCGGCCGCUGCACCAGCUGCUGCUGAGGCUGAGGAACAACCCAAGGAAGAAGUCGAAGAAAAGACCAUUUUUUCAAUCAAGUUGGAAUCAUUUGACCCAAAGGCCAAACCUAAGAUUAUCAAGGAGGUCAAAGGAAUGCUUGGUUUGUCAUUGGUAGAGUCGAAGAAGUUUGUCGAAGCAGCUCCAAAAGUUUUGAAGGAUAAUGUUGCUAAAGAAGAUGCAGAAAAAAUCAAGGCAACUUUAGAGGGAUUGGGAGCAAAAGUUUCUUUAGAGUAA